CGGUUUAAAGAAUAAUAAUCUAACACAGCCCAUGGCUACCGCGUACUUUGUUUUUUCCCGUUAAUUACUUCAACGGCUACGUUUUAACCGCUGACAAACAGAAACCUCCGCGACCGUAACAGUGAAGAAAAUCAACUCAACCCAACCAUCGAUUCUCAGUGAUUUCGCUCUUCUUUCUGCGGAUAUUCUUUUCCACUCCUCAGAUCUAUUAGUUUUCCAUCAUUUCCGAGAAAAAGGAAAAACGAACUUUUACCUAAGAACAAAAAAUGUCGCACAGCGACACAAUCCCUCUUCACGCAUCCUCCCAAUCUGACAUCGACGAGAUCGAGAACCUAAUCAACGCCAGCGUUCAAUCCGGUCCGGCAACUGUCCUACCGGCCCGCCCGCCCAGUCCGCCGCGAAUCCCUGUCUCUUCCUCUCCAUUCAUUCCGUCGAAUCUCCCUCCACUGCCAUCGACACACCAGAAACCGUCGUUUGUCCCAUCUGUUCCCUCGGCUCCGCCCCCACCUCCUGUCAACUCUCAUUCGAGUAUUGGUGCGUCCGGAUUUGGGUCACCUCCGAAUACGUUGACGGAGCCUGUUUGGGAUACGGUGAAGAGAGAUCUGUCGAGGAUCGUGAGUAAUUUGAAGCUGGUAGUAUUUCCUAAUCCGUAUAGAGAAGAUCCAGGCAAGGCUUUGAGGGAUUGGGAUCUGUGGGGCCCAUUUUUCUUCAUAGUUUUUCUGGGGCUUACUCUCUCAUGGUCUGCUUCGGUGAAGAAGUCUGAGGUUUUUGCUGUGGCAUUUGCACUACUUGCAGCGGGUGCUGUAAUCUUGACAUUGAAUGUUUUGCUACUGGGUGGACACAUAAUUUUCUUCCAAAGUCUGAGCCUUCUGGGUUAUUGUCUUUUCCCUCUGGACAUUGGAGCCGUAAUCUGUAUGUUGAAGGACAAUGUGAUAAUAAAAGUGGCUGUAGUGUGUGUGACAUUGGCUUGGAGCUCAUGGGCUGCCUAUCCAUUCAUGAGCUCUGCCGUCAACCCAAGAAGAAAGGCUCUUGCUCUUUACCCUGUUUUUCUUAUGUACGUAUCUGUUGGUUUCCUCAUCAUUGCCAUUGAUUAAUACAACUAACCCUAUUGUGAAGAUUUUCAUAAAGAAUAGAAACUCAUACAGUACAUAGGAAUUUUAUGCGGUGACUAUUUUCUUCUUGUGUAACUGUAUAUUUUCUUAAUUUUUAUUUUUAUUUUUAUUUUUUUAUAACGAA